AUGGAGUUCCACGCGAUCAUUGUGUGUGGGCCGGGCAAACAGUUGGCUCCAUUCUCACAAGAGCGACUGGCGGGGUUUCCCAAACCCCUUUUACCUGUUGCCAACAAGCCGAUGAUCCACUAUGCCCUUGACUUCUGCACUAAGGCGUUCUUUGCAAAUAUCACCGUGGUGUGCCCGGAAGAGGCAAUGACUUUGGUUCAGGAAAGCAUCGACAACUAUCGUAAGCUGGUGGAACGCUUGGAGAUCGACGUGCAGGCUUAUGAUUGUCCGGAACUGGGAUCCGUUAUUCAUCAACUUGCACCCCACAUCAAAUCACCGCACUUCGUGGUAUUGCCUUGUGACUUUAUCACUGACUUGCCCCCACAAGUCUUGAUUGAGCAAUACCGUAACCGUGGUGAUAGCGAUUUUGGAUUGGCAGUGUUUCACAAACAGACUUUAGAAGUGGAAGAUAAGAAGCACAAACAAGCCAAGUUGUACACCAUGUAUAGUGAUGACGGUCAUUUGCUAGAUGUUCAGACUACCAAGGAUAUUGAAUUUCACAAGCUGUUACCUGUGCGUUCGCAAAUGACAUGGCGUCAUCCUCAAACGACAAUUCUGACCACUUUACUCAACUCCCUGAUUUUCUUUGGUAGUGCAGCUGUUUUCAAAGCUUUGGAAGAGCCCAAGUUUGACGAUGUGUAUCUCCAAACUCAUUCAUUACUCAAAAUCGUACGUGAUUUAGCGAGACGUUCAUGGAAGCAUUCCCAACCUAAGGACACCGUGGGGAUUUUUGUAAUUCCUCAUCAGGCAACUUUCAUUCGCUGUAACACUCUUCCGAUGUGGACUGAGGCUAACCGUUACUUCAUGAAGUUGAAGGCGGCUGAGGUGGGCAAGAGCGGCUCUGUGCAACCUAAAGACAAACUGGCUGCAAAUAUUGGUAUUGAUUCAUUCGUUGGUGAGGAAACGCAUAUUGGUCUGCGUUCUGCUGUGAAGCGACUGGCAAUCGGAAGCGGUUGUAACAUUGGAGAGCGUGUUAAGCUCACUGGGUGUUUGAUUCUCGACAAUGUCACCAUUGAAAAUGAUGUUCAAUUAGAAAAUUGCAUCAUUGGCGCACACUGUCUCAUCAAGCUGAAGUCUAAGUUGACGCUGUGCAAUGUCGAACUGACACAUGAAGUCUCUCAAGGUACAGUUGCUAAGAAUGAGAACUUGAAGUUGUUGCUGUUAGAAGGUAUUGUCAAUGACGAUAAGGAUGACAGUGACGAUUCUGUCACCGAUUCUGAAGAUGAAAGUGGUCUGGAUUGGAGUGAAGGUGAAGAUGAAUGGGCGAACAACGAUGACGGAUUGUUCGAUUACUGA